CACCAAAACCAAACGACCCUUAGUGUAGUAGGAGGUCCUGGAGGUGUGUAUCCCUUUUUUGCUCUUGAAAGCUUCUAUUUAUAAGUAGCAUCAUGAUUCAUGUCUGACAUGGCCUAACAACACAACCGUGUUCCAGGCCGUGUUCACAACUGGUCGCUAUAUCGAUUUGUCAGCAUUGCAGAGAUUGAUUGAUUGAUUUCCUUACUCAACAUGAUCGGUGAACACGAUUGUGUUCCCGGCCGUAUUGACUAGUAAGUGGGGAAACUAUUGGUUGUUACUCUUUUGAAACGUGCAUAAAAUGUCAGCAUGCCCAACUAAGUAUGGUGGACAAUUCAUUGAUUGAUUUCUCUUGUACAGAAAAUUCAAAAAAAAAAAAAACAAUGUAUUAUGUACAAUUCAUUGAAAGCAUUCCAAUGAAACUAUCACCAAAACCAAAUGACUUUGUUGUUAUCUUUGAUAAUACUGUUUGGUUCAUCUUUGAUCCAAUGCCGGAAUCAACUUAGUACUCAACUCCAACAGCACCACACCAAAGCUCAAGACCAGCAAAAGAAGACGCAUAAACAACAGAAGGCAGGACAGCAAAAAGAGUUUUCCUUUCCUACCCAUUUCUUCUUCCCCGCGUUUCAAACGAGAUAUAUGUGUACAAGUAUACAACACCACCAACGGAGAAGGAAAAAGAAAGAGGCAGAAAUUUUAAGCCACCCUCCUCUCCUCUCCUCUACUCUUUUUUCUGUCCGAAAUUCUAACACUGCCCAACACGUAGUUGCUUCUUCUUCUUUUAUUCUUUCCUUCUUUCUUCGGGGUUGGGCUUUUCGCUGAAGCCUUCCUUCCUCUUCCCCAAAUCUCCUAAUUGUUCGCAUCACCUCUCGAUUUCCCCAUUGCCCCCUCACUCUUUCUAAUUGCACCUUAACCGUUCUGUGAUUCUUCUCCGUAGCUGUUUCUUCUUGUCGAGGAAGUGAAAAACCGAGAUGGGCAUGGCGGGUGAGGUGGUUAAACUGAAGCGGGCGGCACUAGAGGCAUGCAUGACAUGCCCUCUCUGCAACAAGCUGCUCAGAGAAGCUACCACCGUCUCUCUCUGCCUCCAUACGUUCUGCAGAAAAUGUAUACAUGACAGAUUCUCAGAUGAUGAAGUUGAUACCUGUCCUGUAUGUGAUAUCGACUUGGGUUGUCUGCCAGUGGAGAAACUCAGGCCUGAUCACAAUUUGCAAGAUUUAAGAUCCAAAAUGUUUCCAUCCAAAAGAAGAAAAGUUCAUCCUACUACCGAGGUUGUCACUUCAGUUGCAUUGCCAGCAAAGAGAAAAGAGAGAUCAUUAUCAUCUCUGGUUGUUAGCACUCCCAAAGUGCCUGUACAAACCAGUUCGACCGGGCGAAGAUCCAAAGCUGGUCCAAGAAAAAAUCCUGGAUUACGAGGAUGUAGUUUUACUACCGAAGAAUCAAACAAAGAUGAAGAAGAAGACUCUGCAGAAGAAGAUCAUCAUCCAAUCAGCUCAAGCUCCCCCGAGUCCCAGAAUAAAAUUCCACAACGGAAAAGGCAGCAUUCCUCUGCUGCCGAACCUUCUAAUGAACAGAAACAAAUGGAUGCAAAUAGGGAGGAUGAUGAUGGUGAAGUGGUGGAAGGGAAAGCUGAAAUAUGGACACCCUUAAACUGUCUAGUUGAAGCUGCUAACACAACUAAGUCAUUGAAGUCGAACUCACAACAGGUGCAGUCUGCUGCCAACUCAGAAAUUUUGUCCACUGGGCCUGACCUCAAACCGAGAACCGUAGAUACGCAAUUGAAUGUAGAGUCUCCUACUGUUGGUCAGGGUGGAGAAACAUACAUCCACCCCGAAAGGAAAAAUAAAGAACCUGAUCAGGGAUUCAACAGUGAAGAUGAUAGUAAGGGGUCAAAUAAUCUGGUUGCACCACCGAUGAAGCGUAGAAGGUUAACUGCAGCAAGAAGGAGGGAAGCUUUGUCAGAAGAGCUCAGUGCCUCGGCACAGGCUGUACUGGAUUCUGCAAUAAACAAGGCCAACCGGAGAAACUGCCCAGUUUGGUUCUCGUUGGUCGCCUCAGAGAAGAGGGGAGAUGCUUCACUACCACAGAUUCCUACUUGUUACUUGAGGAUCAAGGAUGGUAAGGUGCCUGUGUCAUUCAUUCAGAAGUACAUUGUGAAGAAACUCGAGCUUAGCAGUGACGUUGAAGUGGAGAUAAUGUGCCAAGGGCAGCCGGUGGUUCCAACGCUGCAACUGCACAACUUGGUGGACUUAUGGUUCCGGAAUGCAUCGACCAAGAGAGUGGAAGUACCUGUGGGUUCUUCUGCCAGGGACUUUGUAAUGGUCUUGUCUUACUGUCGUAAACUACAGCAGCGGUCUUCUUAGAACGUACCCCCCACAUAGUUUUAGUUCCUUUCUCCCUUCUGUUGUUGUUGCUUUACUUACUCUCAUCCCUUCUCCCUUUAUUUUUUCCAUAGGUUAUCGAGUAUACAAAUGUAUGAAGGUAUAUGAUUAAAUUCAUUAUAUUGGUUAGCAACUUCAGUUCUUCAAGUAAUGCUUUACUGUUGAAUAAGUUUAUGCAACAUGAAACCUAGGCAUUGUAAACAACACACAGCUAAGGAACAAUCAAAUAGUUAUGAAUAAAUCAAUCUAUUGAGUAACAUUCAUUGAUAGCUUACGUACUCGUUGUUGUAGAACGUUGUCUACGGGUACAUAGAUAUAAAAGCACCUGAUUGUUGCUUUAUUCUGGAUUUAUAGUGCAGCAGCCUAUCUCGGAUUCCAACUUUCCAACAAUGAAUUGGAAUCCCAUGUUUAUGACUUUACUUGCGUCCCCUGUGAAAAACAAGCAAUCAGGCACGCUUCGAAUUGCUCUGACUUCUUUUUCUCUGAGCAUAUCUAUAUACUUCCUCGCUCGUCGAGUGAUGACAGCUCGUAGAACCCAACAGUGCAGCACAUUGCUCUUCAUGAGUGUGCAUAGGGCUUAUCUAAUCACUGUCAUCUUCAGUGCAACCCCAAAACUUGACCUUGUGACCCAGUGAGCAAGACACACAGGAAUGUAUUCCAGCAGAUAACAGAUGUCACAGCACUAUCGUGUGUGCCUUGAGUACUGUUUGAAUGCACUCCUCGGUGUUCAAAUCCCACACCUUGAUCGUCCCAUCCAUCAAACCAGAAUAUAAUCUUCUACACGAAUCGCCAUUAAUGGUCGAAAUAGAAGGUUGUGAGGAUAAUGAACUAGUUGUAGUUCGAUUGUGAGUUGUAGUUCGAUUGUGAAGCAUGAGAAAUAUUUCAAGCCAAAUAUCCACCUUGAAAUGCAGUUUAUGCGCUCAGCCCCUGUUGAAUUUACAAGGAAACUGUGUUUGAACAUGAAUGAAUCUAAAAAGAAGAGGUCUGAUAUAUGGCCACGAGACUGAAGCACCAUACGCACGACAUCAUCCCUAAGCAAUUUAUUUGUUUGUCAUAUAAAAUAUGCACAGGAAGCUUGCAUUCAAAGUUAAGGCAUGAAGCAAACAUAUUUUUUUUAUUCAAAUAGAACACCAAGCAACUACUUUUGAUGAAUAAAAUUGUUGCUAUGUAAAUAAAGUAGAAUUUUCAUC